CCGCCUUUGAGUGGUAUGGACAUAACCCUUUCACUAAUUGGUUAGCCUUCCAGAGGAAAUUUCUCGACAGAUUUGAUCACAUCGCACUAGGUCAAUGCCUCCGCCUAAUAAAGGAAUAUACACAGCAGCCUCGGGAGACCUUGGCUAGAUAUGCUGAACGCUUUACGUACCUAGCCGAACGCUCCAGGGUGGACGAGAAAAUGGUACAGACUGAUUUCGUCAGAGGAUUGUCAGAUUCUCGCCUGCGAAAAAAGAUCCGCAAGAAAUGCAACCCUAUAGAACAUACCGUGACGGAGCUAAUUCAGUACGCCAUUAAGUACGGGAAAGAAAAUUACGAUGUGGGCCUGGACUCAGAAUCCGACGAAGACGACCCUUCGGGUGUUCGACGCAAUAGCUACUCCACUACGGCACAAAUGUUUGAAGAUCGCUUCGGGUUGGGUCCGACAAAAAAGGGCUCGGAUCGGAAAGCUUCUUCCUCUGCUUCGACCUCCUGUCGCUCUAGUCAAGCUCAAGGAGGCCGGGGCGAGGAAGAAGUGUCCAUGAAAGAGGUAGCGACCCAACUAGUUACGGUAGUGGCCCCGUUGACGGAGUUUGUUCAGGGUCUGCAGCGACAACGCAUAGCCGCCGCACAACGGCAACAAGCGGCUAUGGCCGCCGGGGCCCCGAUGAUAAGACCGGCCCUGGCCGGGGCUGUCCCGCCCCUACGCUGUUAUAACUGUAAUCAGCCAGGCCACCUUGCGAAAGAUUGUCCGAAACCUCGAACUCAGAGUGGGCCCACGGGGCCCACCGUACCUUCCCAAAUCUCGCUGGCUGCUCCAACCGCUGCAGGACAAGGGAGGGUAGCCACGGUGAUGGAUACGGGAACAACGAAAAUGGUGACCCCUGCGGCGACCGAGAUAGGGCCCGAUGAGUACAUGGCUGCGGCGAUGUUCGAACCCGGGACCAUUGGAGUGAUACGUCACGUCCAAAGGAUUACCGAGGAAAGCGACCUCGGGCCUUGGCGGCCGGGGUUCGAAGAUCUCACGGCCCCUGACCCUGAGUACAAGGACGGUCACAUCGAUGUGUUGGAUGCAUUGAAGGCUCUGGAUCUACGGAUCCCCGUCCCUAUUCCUUAUCUGCUAACCAUUUCCGAAGCGGCUAACGAAAAGUUGAUCGAACGAUGCCUCAAAAACCGGCGCCGAUUCGAGGAAAGCCGAAAGGGCAAAGAGCCGGUCCUACGAGACCUACCCCCAAACGAAGAGUCACAGCCCUCGACCUCAAAGGUGCACGAAGCCAACCGGAUAGGAAUGAUCCAGACCGUAGAUUCUGCCUCGGAAAGACCCGAGCAAGGAUCAGAUGGAAGGGAGCAUGUCAUCGAGUAUGAGUCGAAAACACUGAGCCAGGCGCAGUCAAACUACGAGGCGUGCAAGGGUGAAUGCUUGGCGGUGGUGUGGGGAGUUCAGCACUUUCGACCGUAUCUGUACGACCAGAAGUUCGUGCUCGUGACGGAUCAUCAGCCAUUGCUAUCGUUGCGGAACAACAUGGACUACACGGGUACCUUGGGAAGGUGGGCGGUGAGAUUGCAGGACUACGACUUCGACAUCCGCCACCGCGCCACCCGGCAGCACGGGAACGCCGAUGGUCUGACCCGCCUCCAGCUGCCGAGCAAGAGUCUCGCGAACGAGAAGCUCAUCCCGUGGAAACCGAUUUCGCCUUCGACGGAAUCCGGCUACGGGGAAGUGAAUGUCCUCCACAAGGGGAGCAGGAUGAACCAUCGCCAGCCGGAGCAUGAGCCCCUCGAGCAUUUCCAGACGCCGCUUGCAGAUCGCUUGUUGCGGCACCAGUUCAACGAGGAAAGGCAGUUGCGAUGCGACAUUCAGCAGGUGAACGUGCCAACGCCCGGGGUUGCCGAUCUGGCAGCAUACUCGCUACUUUGUGAUCAUGCAGGGGUGUACGUGGACGUGACGCAGUUGCCUGGGCGGGAGACGACUCGAGUGUUCAUCGAGUUCCGCGCGCUCCAGGUGGCACCCAACUUCGUGCAUAGCGUCGCCACCUUUAUCGGCGACUUGACGAUCCUGCCACCGCCGAGUCGGGAGCUGGCGCGAAGUUUUGUGCGCGAGUACGCAGUGCAGGCGGCCAGAUCAGUGGCCAGAGUGCAAGGACGGGGGGGACACCGAUUCACAGCCCACGAAACGCUGCUGCGCAGGGCAGAGGACGGACCAAUCGCGUUGGGCCCUUAUCCUAUGCGCGAGUUCUCGAAGUAUUUGGUGGAGCUAACUGACGUGGAACCGCUGCCCUUCGCAGACGAAGACGCGUGGGAGUUGCACCGUGCGCUGUACCAGUGGGUGGCGUUGGGGAUGUUCCGAUUCUUCGUGGAUCACGAAGACCACUGUAUCGGGGAGCACUUUGUCGUCUACUACGUCAUCACGCGGCCCAAGCCAGCGCAGAAGGAGGGGACGGUGGCGCUGUACCAGUUCGCCCAACUCCAGACGAUCGAUCCGGGAUUGUUGGAGCUCAUACAUCUUGAGCUCCUAUCCAUUGCGCAAGUGAUCGCGAGCGAGGAAGAGGAGAUCCAGCCACGAUUGCGGACGGCGGCUGCUCUGCGGAGAAUGUACAACGGGGUCGUCAUCUCGGAUUACAUUGCGCAGCACGCGGAGAGGUUGGAGGACUUCCCGGAGGAAAAGCCAUUGCGGCCUCCCUCGUCGUAUCCCAGACCUGCACCGCCAAAGGCCCCCAAGAAGACGCCAAAGAGGAAGAGACGCCUCCCGUCGCCAGGAGCGCAAGGCAGCAGAAUCGGUGGCGGCGAGGAGGUGGUUCAGCCCGUGCGCAUGUGGAAUCUUGACCCGGUGCCCGGGAGUGCGGCGACGCGGGUUAAGGAGACCGUCGUGACAUCACCGCCCUUCCCGCGCGUGCCCGAUCUCAAUCUCGAUGGAGCCGGGCCAUCAACCGCAGCAGCCGGAGGAGGGAGCCGAAUGGGAUUACCGGAUCCCGUAUUCAGAUCCCCCGUCCUCGCAGGACCUUUCCGCUUCCGCCCGCCACCCCGGAAGGUGGACUUCAUGGUGGAGCCCACCACCAUCAGGCUUGAGGCCAUCGCGGGGGCGCUGCGCCCUGAUCCGGCAUGGGAGCCAUAUCUGACACCCCCUUUUCAAGGGUGUACUGCGGUGCGACUGGCGGGGAUGCUCAUCUAUGAGACCGGGCAGCGUCCCAAUGUGGUGUAUCACUUCCUUGUGUUCGCGGCGCAGAAGCGGGAGCGGCGGCCCUACACCGAGACUCAUAUGGUGAUGACGGGCCCCGGACCCCGGUCGGAGCGCAAGCGCGUGGUGCAAGCGGUGGCGGAUCUGGCGCCACGUGUCCUGUCUCAUGUGCCGGGGGCCUUCCUCUAUCCCUCGUUUGUCCAGCACCACUUUCAUGAGGAAGAUGUGUCGACGACUCCCGCGACAAUGGCCGCUUUUCUUCCACCUAUUCCGCCCCCUCUCAGUCUCGACAUCGAUCACUUCCUCUGAUCACCUUUGUCUACCUCUCCCCUCUUCUCUCUCUCUCCUUCUCUUCAUCGUCUUCUUCUCCUACGACCAAAGUUCGCGUGUCGAGACGC